AUGAGUUCGCGUGAGUUGCAGUCCUUGUAUGCAGAUCUUAGCCAAAGACUGAAUGUCCCUGUGAGUGGGCAGUUUGUUCCUGAGAGAUUGGGGCAGUCGCCACCUGAUUUGAAUGUGCCAGCUUUCGUGAGACAUCAAGGUAACACGUUACCUGGUGUUCCAGCUGAAAAUGCGAGGAGCAGUGAAGACAAAGACGUCUUUAGUCGCAGUGAGAAGUGGCUAGGGUCUCCACCUACGCCAAAUCAUCAAGCGUGGAAAGGGCGUGAAUCUGAAGUGCUGGGCAUGAAUGCCUAUAUUCACGAGUUGGUUGCAUGGGCGAACCAAGCAAGUGUUGAGUUUGGGAAGGAGAUCGCUCAGGCCGCGCGAUGGCCUACACAGAUUGCAUGGAACACGUUGUCUAAGAGUCAACAAGCGCGAGGAGUUCGUUUGUUUAGUGUGCUGAAGGCAGCGUUUGCAGAUCAUGGGCGGAUAACUCUUAUGAUCCAAAGUUUUGGAGAAGGGCUUGACAUUGUUGCAGUCGCCAUGCAGGGAGAUGUUUUUGGCUAUGAGUCUCAGGGCGAUGCUGAUGGCAAGAACGUUUCGAGCGCAGGACUCGUCAGCUCCAGUCUUUGCCUGAGAGCGCGAAAGCGUAUACGUUACAUCAUUCGCAAGGUGAGACAUAUGCCUCAUAUCGAUCUUCAGCUUUGCGAUGGGAACAUCAGCAGCGUUUGUUCGCCUGAGGCAGGUGAGGGAAUGGAUGGUCACGUCUUUGGCAUGAGUGCUAGGCCUUCUGAUGCUGGGAGCGGUGUGAAGUGCAACCGUUGUGGCAAGAAGGGGCAUCAAGUGAAUCAGUGCACGGCAGACCUUUCCAAGGUUAAGUGCUUCAAGUGCGGAGAGAUGGGCCACAUAUCUUUGAACUGUGCCAAGGGCAAGCAGGGUGAUGUUUCUCAGUCGAGUGCGAGGCCUAAGGGUUCUGAUGGCAAAGGUGCUGCUGCGGCCAAGGGUCAAGAAACGGGGGUUUGGUGGUACACAGAUGCUGAUGAAUCUUUUUACACCGAGGAAGGUGAUGAGCAAGAAGCACAGCAGUUGGACUCCACUCUUGUGUUAUCUUGUGUCAUUGAGUUAACUGAUGAGCCCAAUACGCGUUUUGAAGCUGUCCUUGAAGACAGCGAGUCGUUGUCUGUUGUGCUCCAAGAGCAGUUGUGUCAACCGUUGUUGCAGUCGUUGGGUCAAUCGCUUGGAACUGAGUUUUGGCUGCUUGACUCAGGUGCGUCAUGCUGUGUUAUCAACCACGUGACUUUGAAGACGCUUCCGCAUGAUGAGUUGACUGCAUGUGGUUCGACGUUUAUGGCUGCGAAUGGGACUCCUGUUCCCUUUGAUGGUCGUUGCCAUGUUGUGCUAAAGGUUCGAACAAAGGAUUCAAGUGGAGCUACCAAGAAUGGUGUCUGUAAGAUCCCUGUGAUGGUGGGUGACACUCCUUACAAUAUCCUGUCAACGCGAACUCUCGGAAGGCAUGGCUGGCGUGUUGUCUUGGAUGAAGGCGUUUCUGUGUGUCAUGUGAAGUCGGGUGUUGAUAUGAUUGAUACCUGUAUUUGGUGUGACACGCCUUGGAUCCGCGUGAUUCCUCAUUCAGAGGGUGAUCUCUUGUUGCCGUCGGGUGACUCAGUUGAUCCUGCUCCAAUUUCCUCGAUUGGACAUGUUGCAGUUGUUUCGCAGAAGACCAAGGAAGAUCUUGAAAUUCACAGAGCAAAGGGCCACAUGCCCUUCCAUCCCGAUUGCGAACAUUGUCUGAAGUCCCGAGGUGUUACCCAACACAGGCGAAAGUCUGAGCGCGGAGUUGAAACAGAGAUUGUUGCAGAUUUUAUGUUUCUGGACUCUUCUGGAGAGAUGAUCAGCGUGGCUGAGCGCCAGACAAGUAGCUCUUUCAAGGUCCUCGUCCUUCGUGAGGCCUUUUCUUCUUCUAUUGGGGCUGUGAUGAUAACUGAGAACAUUGCAAAAGACAGAGGUCUUCUUUUGAAGUGGCUUGCUGAGUUUGGGAUGUCGUCCUCACAAGCAAGCAUUGUGCUUUUGACAGAUUCCGAAGAAGCGGUGAAGUCGUUUGUUGCAGGUGCGUCGGAUAAGUACAUUUUUAUGGUGCGCAAGGCUGCGCCACAGGCUCAUGAACAGCUUGGUGGUGCGGAAAGGACAGUCCGGGUCCUUAAAGAAGGGCUAGCUACCUUGCAAAGUGAUUUUCAGUCGCUUGGUUGCGUUUUGUCGUUUCGGAGAGACUUGCUGCAGCUUGCACUUUCUUACCUGUGCAUGAGUGUGAAUGCGAAUGGCAAAGCUUUUGGCGGUGAACGCUCUCCAAAGGAGGUUGCAGUUGGUCGAAGGUUGCCAGAUACCCCUUUUGCGUUGUUUGGGUCCAAGGUGCUUGCUGAGGUCCCUGAGUCUGUGAAGGCUUUGUGCCCGAAUAUGUCGCGUUUUGAGGCGGCAGCGUUUCUUCAUCCGCAAUUUGGGUCGCUUGGGAGCUUGGUGUAUGCGCAUGUGCGUGUGGGCCAGGUCUUGACGCCAAAGGUGUUUGUUGCCAAGUCGAUCAAGCUUGUGUUUCCGAUUGAGCUUGUCUUCGAGUCGGGGAUGUUUGAAGUUUUGCGUCGUCGUGGUGAGCUUGGGCCUGAGAGGCCAGAUCAUCCAGUUGCGCCUCGGAUUCUUCCGAGUUCCCAGGGUGCCUCUUUGAAGUGUCCUGUUUCCGGUCCGCCAAAGGAGUUUUUUGAGAGGUAUGGGUUCUCAGGUGAGUGCCGAGCGUGUUCUAACAUGGCACAAUUUGGGUCUAGGAAGGGCUCUUCUCACGGUCGGGCUUGCUGUUUGAGAUAUGAAGCGUGGUUGCGGUCGCAAGUUGCAACAGAUGACAGCAUGGACGUUGAAGUGCCUGUGGCUUCGGAUGCAGAGGCUAUGCGUGAAGCUCUUUCUGAGCUAGCCGAGGAUGAGUCGAGGCAAGACCGAGCUGUGGAGGAGGCUCAGGGUUCUCCUUUGCCUCCCCCGGCCAGUGGGGACGCUGCUUCGUCUGAGGCUCCAGCGAGGAUUGUGAGCGAGGCGGCCCCUAGUGGUCGUGUUUUCACGCGUGGUUGUCCUGCGUGCGAGUCUGGCAUGAAUGCUCCUGGCAUUCGUCACAAUGCUGAUUGCAAGCGAAGGAACCAACAUCUGAGUGUUAGAUUUUCUGUUUCUGGGGAGCCCGAUGAUGACGAAGCUUCAUCCAGGCGUCUGCCUGAAAAUCUUGAAGGAGCUGCUGCUCCUGAGUCUGAGGGCAUUGGGGCUCUUGAUGAGGACACUGAGAUGCCGUUUGCCGAUCCAGUGUUGACUGGAAGUGAAGGCGGAGGCAGCCUAGAGGCUGAAGAAGUGCUUCGUGGAAGCAGUGCUGUGAAACGCUCCUCUGAAGUCCCGUUGGAAGAUCUGGAGCGUGAGAUCAGGCAGGACCAAGAAAGGGUUGCUUCAGUUAUGGUUACCUUCCACAAUUGCGAAACAGGGAAUGAUGUUCACAUGCCUCUUGCGAGUUUUGUUGAGCAGGCGUUCCAGGUUUCCAAUUAUGUCCCUUUGCUUUCAGGGCUUGUGGAUUCGGUUCAGUUCGCCCCGAACUCUACGAGUGUUGUUUUGCCGUUUGGGAAAAGGUCGCAUUUGAGACUUUGGAAGCCUAGUUCCGCUGUUGAUGACUCUACCUUGGGUGAGCUUUCAGGAGAUCAGGUCAUGGAAGGCAUGGUCAAAGAAGUCAACAAUUUGAGUCACAUGGAAACUGGGGAUCUGUUGACUGCUUCAGAACUUCAGAGUCUUGAGAAGAGGUUCCCAGGUACCUUGAAGGUCAUCCCUAGUCGUUGGGUCACGACGCAGAAAACACCAACUACUGUGCGAGCUAGGAUUGUCAUCAAGGAUAUUGCUGGCAAGAACUCAGAGUCUGCAAGGGCUUUGGGCAUUUCAAGUCCUACUCCUAGUGCCGAUGCUUUGUUCACGGUUCUUGGGGUUGCAGGUUGCAGAGAUUGCGUGAUUGCGAGCGCUGAUGUAUCUCACGCUUUCAUGGCUACGCCUUUGAGGGAAAGGGAUGUGGUUAUGAGGUUUCCUCUGUCAGUGUCUUCGGUUUCGGGGGAUCCUUUGUAUCUUCACCUCAACAAAGCCCUCAAUGGGCUACGCAAGGCUUCGCAAGAAUGGAUUUACUUCGUAGGGGAGACUGUGAAGGUUUUGGGGCUUCAAAGUUGCAGCUUAGAGCCGUGUCUGUUUUCAGGCAUGCUUGAGUCAGGUCCCUGUUUGCUGUUGGUCUAUGUGGAUGAUUUUCUGUGCAUUGCGCCAACAAAGGAGGAUGUAGAUCACAUCUUUGGAGUGAUUGAGGAGAAAGUUGAACUCAAGAGAACUGGGUUGAUCAAUUCUUCCAAGGAUGGCGGUGGCACUUUGCGGUUCAUUGGUAGGGUUAUCUCCAGGAGAAAGGGGGAGUCCUCUAUCACAGUGUCUUUGCCAGAAGAUUAUUUGGAUGAGACCUUCAAGGCUUAUGGUCUUUCGGGAAAAGGUUCCUCAAGUCCCCCAGAUGUAGCGGUUCAUGUUGAGAAGCUAGAUGGGGUUCCAUUGUCUCCUGAGGCGUAUGCCAGGUUCAGGUCUGCGUUGGGGAAAGUAGCUUGGAUGACGCAGACUCGUCAGGACUUGCGUGCUUAUGUGUCAAUCUUGGCAACGCAGCAAGCCACACCCACGAAUCAUACUGAGCAUGGUCUCCGAGCCUUGCUUCGAUUUCUGAAGAACGACAUGUGCGUGGUUGUGCGGUUGCCUGCUGCGAGUGAUGUGUUGGCUCCCUCUCAACACUACCAAGGAAAGAGGCACCUUGUGUGUUUCUCUGACGCAUCGCAUGCGCCUUUGAGGUGCACGAAGCGCCGUGGAAUCAGUGGAGGAGUGUUGACACUUGAUGGCUGCGUGAUAAAGACUUUGUGUCGUCACCAACAGCUUGUGUCGCUGUCGUCUAUGGAGUCAGAGCUGUUUGCGUUGCAGUCGGUUGCUCAAGAAAUGUCGAGUCUUGGAAAGUUCAUGGCAAGGGUCUUCAUGUCGUUUCGAGAAAGCGAGGAAGUUGAAUUGCCUGGGGUACUUUACAGUGACUCAGAAAGCGCUUUGAAGCUUCUUCGCAAUUUGGACACACCCAGGCAAAGCAGACAUCUUGAGAUAAGAGUCGAGUGGCUUAAAGCUCGUGUCGCAGCGGGUUCUUUGGUCCUUGCGUUUAAGAAGGGAAUCGAAAAUCCGUCAGACCUCUUGACUAAAUGUUUGGGGUCCUCGGCUUUCGGGAUACAUCGCGAAGCGUUGGGCUUUGAGUCGCUGUCGGGACCACUUGCGUCUUUGUGCAAUCAUGAGAAGAGAUUGGUGAUGGUUGAAGUGUGCUGUCGACCGCAGUCGAGUGUUCAAGGUGCAUGUCGCAGAGUCGGGAUGAGUUACGUUGGCGUGACUGAGAACAUGCAGAGUGACAGCGUGUUCAAAGAGGUGCGUCGAUAUCUUCUGAACUUUGCGUGUGACUGCGUGUUUGUGCAUGUGUCCACGCCUUGCUCUUCUGGAUCUUACUUGCGUCGGUUCUCUGGCGGGAGCUCGUCGAAGUCGGAUUGGGAAUGGUUUGAGGUGUUUCCUUGUGUGUUGAAGUACUUGAAGCUUGGGAAGCACUCGAGCUUUGAGCUGCCAUGGAACAAUGAGAUUUGGCAACAUGACUUGUGCCAGAAGGUGCUGAAGAAGGCAGGCCACACGUUCGAUGUGCCGGUGAGGUUGGGUGGACCGAAACAGGUUUUUACACUCCGAAACUCGCUGAUGCGAUUGUUCGAGGUGCGAACUCGUGCUGCCAUGGUUCUCACGACCGAUGAGCGCAGGGAGCUGCGCCGUUUGCUGGAUAAGAUGGAUUCUGCAGAUGGCUUGGCUUCGACUGCCAAUACUUCUAUGACCGAUGGGACCAAGCGUCUCAGAGAUGUGGGUGGAUAUCCAGAGGAUGGGUCUACUGCAUCAGGUUCUGCUUGCGGUGCCCAGCUGCCGAUUUCAAAGGGAAGCGCAAAGGGUGUCGUGAGCACGCCCAAGUGUUAUGAAGACCUCGUCGAUGCCUUCGAGGGGGAAGAGUUUGGGGAGAGUGACAAUGUGAUUGUCGUGAGCUAUGCGGGUACUGAGGUCACCUCGGUGCCACUUCCGAGUGAUCUCUCCGUGGAGGAUUGGGGUCGAACAAUCUGCGAUCUGCCAAAGGUCCAGAAGAAUAAGACUUGGUUUAAGAAGUCCUAUGCGGUCUUGGUCAAGCUAUCCAAGGAGGAUAGCGACCUUGCAAGCUAUCUCAAUUGGGUCAAGGAGAAAUUUGGUUUCCCUCCCCUGUGCUGCUUCCCUGGCCACACGUGGGUCUUCCCCGCUCUCGGAACCAACUGGUCGCUUCCCCUUCCCCGGCCCCUCCUCCGGCUGACGUGGGUAGCAGCCUCUGUUUCAGUGGGCCACGAGCCAAAGGCUACCGCCUGGCCUCCCUCAGGCCCUCCUGGCACCUUGUCAAAGAAGGGAGUUUCGGGUCUCUCCACGGCCCCGCCGGACCCUGCAGAGCCAGGUCUCGCUGGCCUCGCAGCGGUUGCCGAGCAGAGGGGGGUCCGGCUCCAGCUGAGGCUCGUCAAGAGCCGGCUCACGUGCAGGCACGUCCGCCUUACCACGGCCUAUGUGGCCAAGCGAAGGCACACCUCAGGCUCCUUCCUCGCCUUUCGGCUGAGGUUCGACCCUCACGGUUCUUCUCACUUGCAUGUGAAUUCAUCCUUCGAACUCGUCUACGACGGCUUGCAGCUCGGAGUUCGAUGGUUGCUCGUGGACGAGCAUGAGAUCGCGGCUCACGACAGCCCGCAUCUCGCGGUGCCGCCCUCGCCUCUGGUGGCUGAGGUUCCCCAACGAGUGGUGGCACCUGAGCUUCCCCCAGCAACCUCCUCGCCUCCGGCUGAGGUUUCCCUCCCCUGUGCUGCUUCCCUGGCCACACGUGGGUCUUCCCCGCUCCCGGAACCAACCGGUCCUCCGAUGAGCUUUCACCCCCGCAACCGUGGGCCUCCCGCACCGGUGGAGCACCCAGUCGCUUCCCCCUCGGCCCCUCUUCGGCAGCCGGACGUGGGCUACCGCCCGGCCUCUCUCCUGGCACUUCGUCAAGGAAGGGUGAGCCUGCCCUUUCCACACCCCGUGGCCCGGCUAACCACAAUCGUCACCGCUGCUUCGGCAGCUGCAACCCCUAGCGCUGUCUCGACAGCUGGAAGUGGUCCCCUUGAGACCCUCGCCUCCUUGGCUGAGGUUUCGGGUCUUUCCACGGCCCCGCCGGACCCUGCAGAGCCAGGUCUCGAAGGCCUCGCAUCUGUUGCCGAGCAGAGGGGGGCCAGCCCUAGCUUCCCCAACCCCUCAGGGGUCUCAUGUGACGAAGCUACGGACUCUCCAAGCCCUUCUCCUCGCCGGCCGGCUAGAGGUCCGGCUCCAGCUGAGGCACGUGAGGAGCCGGCCCACGUGCAGGUCUUCAGCGAGAACUUCCUCCGCUGUUUUGCAUGCGGGGUCACAACCCCCAAUCAACAACUGAUGGAGGCCCAUGCCAUGACGGCUAGGCACGUCCGCCUCACCACGGCCUAUGUGGCCAAGCGAAGGCGUGAGCUGGCAGCGUCAAAGGCUGCCCAGCCUCCUGUGCCGUAG